AUGACUGGGGAGGCUCAAACUUGGCUGAAUUCGCUCCCAAUAAACUCUAUUUCCACUUGGGAGGAACUAGUCAAGCAGUUCUUAAACAGGUUUUAUCCACCCAACAAAACUGCGAGGCAGAUUAAUGAGAUAUUGCAAUUCAGACAGAAACCGACUGAGACUUUGCAAGAAACCUGGAAAAGGUUUAAGGGUAUGUUGGUGAAGUGUCCUCAUCAUGGCAUUCCGGAUCAGAUAUUGGGACAGAGAUUCUAUAUGGGUUUGGCUGACAGUCUAAAGGCCAAUGUAGAUGCUUCUGCCAGGGGUGCAUUCUUGAGCAAAACAUUCACAGAGUGUAAGAUUCUUUUUGACAAGAUGUCUCAAAAUUCAGGCUGGAUGACGAGAGACACAACACUCACCCCAAUAGUGCAUUCUAUCGCUCUUGACCCAAACAACACAAAUGCAGAAAACAUAGCCACUCUUAUGACCCAGAUGAGCUUGCUGACAAAGAAAAUCGAUGAGAUGGGUACGAAACAGGCAGCAAUGGGGACCAACAUCAAACCAGUAGUACAGACCAAACCAGCCACAGCACAACCCCAAUCCAGGAGGAUCACGACCACAAGGCCAAGUCGUGCACCUUAUCAACAGCAGAACAAUAAUAUGAUCGAAAUUAGGGGUAUGCUGCAACAACUCAUUGGGACAAAUGGAAAGAUGCAAGAGAAGUUAGCUGCACAUGAUUCAGCAAUCAAAGGCAUUGAAACUCAAUUGGGACAACUAUCUAUGGCCUUGAACAAUCGCUCACAAGGAACAUUGCUUGCAGAUACAAACAUUAAUCCAAAGGAGUAA